CAACAUCCAAUCAGCGCCUUCGAAUAAACGCACGUGACCCGGAGGAGGCGGUUCAGCAUGCACACACUGCGAAGACAACGGCAAGAGAAAAAAAAAGAUACAAUCCGCAGUAAACGCGCUUCAGCUAGCCUCUAAGGGCCGUGCAGAUGCUGGACACACCACAGCAUGAGGGAGCGUCCGGGCGGUAACGCUGCACACGACCGAGAUGUCGCUGUGUACCCAUUACAGAUAUGAUGCUACUCUAAAAACCCCUCUAUGACUUCCUCAAAUACUUUGAGACGCAGGUUUCAGUUCCUUGUUUUAAUAGUUAAAGCAUCCCUGUCGCAAGAGUGACAUACAGACAAAGAGACAUUAGUAGAAAAACCCCUGCACUAAUCAUGAGCGAGCAGCAGGACGAGUAUGUGGAGCAUCAGUACAUGUGUAGUGAGUGCCAGCAGCUCUUUAAUACUCUGGAGGAGGUGCUGAUCCACCAACAGGUGCACACUGGGGCUGAAGUCGACGACCUGGUGGCCAUUUCCGGCCACGAGGACACCAGUCAGUACCAGUGUUUGGAAUGCGGCGCCCUUCUCCGGAACUCAGAGGAGCUGCUGCUCCAUCAGGAGCUGCACAUGAGGGAGGCGGGCCUGGAUGCGGAACAUGAGCUUUGCGAGGUGGCAGAAAUAGACGCGGCAGUUGCAGCGGUUCCGAUCCACUACCAGUGCCUGGAGUGCCUGGCACUCUUCGACACGGCGGAAUUAUGGAUGGCACACCGGCAAACUCACAAGAUCAGCACACACAGCGACAUGGCUGACACUGAUUACGUUCUACAGCCAGAUGGUUCGGUCACCCCUGUGGCCAAAGUGCAAAACCUGGUGCUGGAUGAACAGAGAGCUGGAGAGAUCCUAACGCUGGCCCAGGCUCUUCGAGAACAGCACUCUCUACCCAAGUCUACAGCUUCACCCAGAACUACCCUUCUUCCAAGCACCCAGUCUCUGUCUGGCUCCACCUCUGCUAUGCUCCGCCUCCAGUUCUGCUCUGCCCAAGCCAUUGCAGAUGGCUCGGCUUCAACGACCAUUCGCAAAGCCAAACUCCUCCCUCCACUCCUCCCAUCCGAGCCAAUCAGGCUUGAGAACGGCAUUACUACGCUCAACCUUCUCCCCACCGUUGAGCAUGCAGACUUGGGGAAGCAUGCAGAGGAAGAGGUGUUAAUCAUUCACCCGUACGAGUGCUCAGAAUGCAACCUGCUGUUCAGUACUCCAGAAGAUUUCCUUCACCACCAGGGCGAACACUUUCUGGCUCAGGACAAAGAGAGCGGGGGCACUGGGGUCAUGCUGGGCUAUGAGGAUGGUUCAAGAGUGAGGGAUGACGAUGGAAGGAAAGGUGACAUGAGAGAAGACGGGAGUAAAGCAGAGCUGGGGAAGGGACAGGGAGGAAGGCGCUCGUAUACUGCUCGGUUAGCAGGGCUUGGGGUGAAUUCGUCCGUUUCGUCCGCCAACCUGCAGUGUGACGAGUGCAAGAGAACUUUCACCACAGCCAAUCGCCUGGCAGCACAUCUCCGAGUGCAUGAGCAGGGAACACAUGAAUGCCCUGAAUGCGACAAGGUGUUCAAAAAGGUGGGAUCGCUGCACACACACAUGCGGACACACUCCGGGGAGGCCCGCUUUCUGUGUGUGGACUGUGGGCACAGCUUUACUACAGAAAUGACCCUCAUCAUACACAGGAAGUCCCAUACAUCUGAGCCUCUCCACAGGUGCCCUUUCUGUGCCAAAACCUUUACCAAUAUGACCAAGUUUCUUUACCACCGCCGCACUCAUACUAACCGUGAACCAGUCAGCUCUCCUUCCACAGUCACGCUGACUCAGCAGAUGCCUUUGUCAAUUAUGCAGAGAGCACGAGAGCGAGAAGCUGGGUGGAGAAAACAAAAACAGGCCACACUCACGGCCCCUGAAAGUACCGAAACGGACACGGGUGAGAACAUCCUGGAGGCGGCAGCUUCUCUCUCUCAGGCUGCUGUACCAGCAGAAAAUGGGAUGGAUACGACGGGUCCUGUGCCAGAAGAGGCAAAAAAGCAACCAGCAAAUCCAGACAGCAGUCUAAGUACGGACAUUAUGGAGGAUUCGGAGAAAUGGCAGGCUCCCAUUACAGAAGACGAUUUCAAGUUCCCUUGCUCUACCUGCAGUAAAACCUUUACUUCACAAAUCCGUUUGUUAAGUCACCGGCGAACGGCACACUCCAGCGAGCGCCGCUUCAAGUGCAACAUCUGCGGAAAGCCUUUCAAAAAGCAGAUCCAUCUUCGGAACCACCUGCGCACGCACACUGGCGAGCGUCCGUUUCAGUGCAGUGUGUGCGGCAAGACCUUCUCUUCGCUGGCCAACCUCAGUCGGCAUGGCCUGACUCACACCGGGGUGCGUCCGUACCGCUGUGACGUCUGCCACAGGGCGUUCACACAGUCCUCGAACCUACGCCAACACCGGCUCCUUCACAGUAACCCCACACCCUCGGCUUGCCCAGACUGCUCAGCCACGUUCAUCCGGACUGCAAAACUUUUAGCACAUAGAUUCCUUCACCACCCAGGAGCACCAGCGCCUUACCCCUGCCCGCAUUGCUCGGAAGGGUUCUUGCGCAAGAAGCAAAGGGAUUUGCACUGCCUGGAAGAACACCCCAACCUGACACACGUUUUUACAGAUGCUACUAAUGAAUCCGGGUUUACAGGUCAAAAAGCAUCGACUGAGGGUGUAGAGCAGGCUGCUCCUCCAGUCCCGAAGCUGAACUUGGACUGCACUAUUUGUGGGAAGCGCCUGAACUCGGCUGCUAACCUGCGCCUCCAUCAGUUGAGCCACGGACUCGGACUCGGACCCGGUCGCCCGCGGGGCUCCAGCUCAGCCUCCGGGAAAUCGCAUCCAUGCCCAGUGUGUGGAAAGUCGUUUGUUUCAGCUUCAAGCGUCACGUUGCACCAGCGCGUUCACACUGGCGAGAGGCCGUACCCUUGUGCUGUCUGCGGGAAGCGCUUCAGGCAGAACACCCACCUGCGCGAGCAUCUACGCACACACUCGGGUGAGCGGCCGUUUCGCUGCGAGUUCUGCAACAAGGGUUUUGUGCAGAGUAUGCAUCUGGUCGAGCACCGACGCACACACACCGGCGAAAGGCCGCACACGUGUGCAGAAUGUGGAAAGACCUUCAAGACCAUCUCAAACCUUAGGAACCAUCGCAAGACCCACACCAAGGCCCAACAAGAAACCGAGCAAGGCGGCGUAGUCAAACUGGAGGCCGCCACGGAGAGCAACCUUGCGACACUUGCUGUGGUUAACACUUCAGACGUGAACCUUUGCCAACAGAGUUUCCAGCUGGGGCAGCCACAACUCAUUCAGAUUCAGACGUCUGAUCUCGAGCAGACUCAAGGCACUCCAACCAUCAUGUGUAAUGAAUUUGGGGAAGCGAUAGCAAUCAUCGAGACGAGCGGCGACCUGGCAGAGGCUAUAGAGCUUUAUCAUACAGCGCUAGAAGGUGGCAUCAACAUGGACACCAUCACUCUGGACAACCUGCAGCUUAUGUGAUUUAGCAAAAGCAGUUAAUCUGGGACCAUAUCGUGGGCCACUUAAGACUGAGGACAGAAAGGGAAAAGAGAAUUGAUUUGAUCGACAAGCUAAUAGUAAGGAAACUGCCUCACUCUGGCAAUUAGCAUUGAUCUUAAAGGCUACACAGAUCACCUAGAGUGAUUAAAUGACAACGUUUCAGGAAGUGACGAACCAAAUUCGUGAUGGGCUUGUGAUUAACAACGCCGAUCAUCCUCAAAUCCGAGAGACUGAAGAUAAGUGGGAUUGCAGGAAACAGUGUUAUGUCACCACAUAAAAACAAAUACAGCGGCAGGAGAGUUGCAGACUGUGGACGGUAUGAUCCUUGAAAGGACCUUUUAGUUUAUAAGCAUAGAUGUGAUCAGGAAGCCUCAAUCACAAGGGAAUACGUCUUAACAGAUACAAAAGCUCUUAUCUCAGGCACAGUGAUGAGAUCAUAUAUAAUUUGGACAGAUGAGAAGUGCUUGUUCUGCUUAACCUGAUUUUACAGUUUCACCUCUCCCGGCUCUUACGUGUCUGUUGAAUGUGUUCUUAGAAUUUUUUUUGUUUGUUUUUUUUACUGUACAUGUCAAAGAUUGUUGUAAAUAAAAAAUUUACAGUUUGUCUCUUG